AUGAGCUGCAGAUUGGGGCAUAGCUUGUCUGCUGAGCUUGCUCAAACGCAGUACGAACUUGGCAUAAGCGCCUUGAACAAGAACCCCGCCAAAGCACUAACGUUCUUCACGGGAGCAGCUGAGCUUGGGCACUCAGAAGCGCAAUACGAGCUAGGGCAGGCGUAUGGUUCUGGCGAGACCGGGAUUGAACAGGAUUUGGGAGAGGCGGCAAAGUGGUUCAAACAGGCAGCUGACCAAGGACAUCUAGACGCGCUCAACUUCUUGGGCAUCUGGUAUCAAGAAGGGACAGCAGUGAUCCAAAACCAUCUUGAAGCUGCUGCUCUAUUCAAAAAAGCUGCAGAUCAGGGGUCUGCCUUGGGGCAAUUCAACCUGGCAAUUUGUUAUGAGCACGGGAUGGGAGUCUCUCGGAACGAGGCUGAGGCAACUGCGCUCUACAGAAAGGCGGCAGAUCAAGGGGAUGCCUCUGCGCAGUUCAGUCUGGCAAUCUGUUAUGCAGAUGGAAAGGGAGUUGAUCAAGAUGAUGUUGAAGCAGUUGAACUUUAUAAGAAGGCGGCUGAACAAGGACGUUCUGACGCUCAAUUCAAUCUUGCACAAUGUUAUGCAGAGGGUCGAGGAAUUGCUCAAGAUGACGUGGAAGCAGUUGCUUGGUACACAAAGGCGGCUGAACAAGGAGACGUUGACGCUCAGUUCACUCUGGCAGAAUGCUACGAAGAAGGCUACGGAGUUCAUCCGGAUGAGGUCGAAGCAAUCGCGUGGUAUACAAAGGCUGCCGAACAGGGGGAUGCUGAAGCACAGUGCCGACUUGAAGGUUUGCAGCGCGGGAAGGGCAAAGUAGGCUUUGAUCAAGACGAUCGUGAGAAGCUGGCUGUUGAACGGUAUACGAAGGCAGCUGACCAAGAACACUCUCAAGCUCUCUUUCAACUGGCAGAAUGCUGUGACAAGAGCAUCGGAGUCAGUCAGGAUAAGAUGGAGGCGUUUGCAAGAUCUGUCAAGGCCGCUGAGCAAGGUUGCGCUGAUGCGCAAUUCAGUGUGGGUGUCUUCUACUCGAGUGACGUAAAGUGGUUGGGAUUGCCUCCGAAUCAGGCGAAAGCAGCAGAGUGGCUGAAGAAAGCGGCUGAGCAAGGUCAUGAGGAAGCGCACCUCAAGCUGAUGAAAGAAUGGAAGGCUGCGGACGAAGGGGAUGCUGUUGAAGGAGGUUCGCUGAUGUGCGAUUGGUCCUGA